AUGACCGCGAAGACCCCAGGGACAUUCUCCUUUGUUCCGCAACGCCCGGGAGGUGGCCCGGACGACAGGCGCUUCAUCAACACUCACUUGAGUCGACUCGCAGCCGAGCGACGAAAGCAUGCGAAGACAGCAAAGUCAGUCAAAUCACCCUCGCCAUCUCCUACAAGGCCAGCCAGCACCAGAGAUGGCAACCUGUCACCAAAGCAAAAGUCAUCACCGCCACGAGGUCGUACUUCAUUGAGUGUGCCUCCCAAGCAGACUGCCCAACGAGUCUCUCCAAUCUCACCCUUACAACGCAGUCUUUCGUUGCAGCAUGUCAAGCCAGAUAUGAAUGACGAUAUCGCAGCUUCCUCAGAGGUAGAAGCUGAACACCAGGCUCCCUUGUUGGUGUCUGCACUUGACAACGGUAGUCAUGACCCGUUCAACUCGACUCUCGUUGUCAUCACACCCGAAGUCCGCAAGUUGCUCGCAUUCGAUCGGGAGAUGUUCUUCCCCUGGGCCUCAGGCAUCGAGAAAGGUGACAACAAGCAUGGUGCCUUUACCAACAAGUUCGCAAAGACCUCGCUCGAGGCCCUCGAGGACAAGUGCGUUGGGUACGCCAACUUGGCCAGACUGGCAUCCUCGGCGGCCACCAUAACCUCGAAUCCCGAUCUGCAUAUCACUGCCAUGAAAUACAAGGCCCGAGCCUACGAAAUCCUACGAGAGAGCAUCAAUGAACGGCACACAGGCCUGAACGAGCAUAUGCUCACCCAGAUCUUCUCCCUGUUAUCGAUCGAGAUUUCGGGUCAACAGCACGAAAAUGCUGCCCUUCACGCAGGCACUCUACAACAAUUGCUUCAAGGUCAGCAACAAGGCAGGUUCGAUGCUGCGAGAAUGAACAGAAGGCUCUUGUGUUCGAUACUGUGGCACGAAUGCUUACGCGGCAGCUUCACGCUCUGCCGCCCCGUGUUCGACAUUGAGAAGCUGGUCGACCACACGGCCUUCAUCGCUACACUAGUUGCAACCAAGAGGCAGCUUAUGGCACAGGGAUUCAUGCCGAGUAGGACCACAGAUGGGUUUCAAGAAGCGGGCAUCGGGUCGCAUCUCCUCCAGCGUGUGCGCGAGUUUCGCUUUCUCUCUGAUGUCGGAUCUGCCUUGCAGAAGGCGCCCAAGCUGCUCAAUGAGGAAGUCAUGGACGCCUUCACCUUCCGUGCAACGUUGACGUCGAGCAAGCUGCUGGAGAUCUACAACGAUGUGUACGACACCAUACGCAGUAGCGGGCCAGACGAUGACUUGACGUCAGCCUAUCUGGAGACGGCCACGGCGUUGGCCGCAAGAUAUUGGUACAGGGUCGUCACAUCUCAUGAAGCGGUCAACGUCGAGCCUACUCCACAGUCGCAGUUCUACAAAGUUUUUGGUACGCAGAAACCAGUGCUCGCUCACCUAAAGGAGGCCCACGAGUACUGCAAGCGGUCUGGUGGGUUGCAAAAACAGCCACGGUUGUGGCUCUGGAUACUGGGUGUUGGAAUCAUGGCAGAGAAAGCAGACGGCCACUUCUCCCAUGAUGCUCAGCAGGAUAGGUCGGGCUACUUUCACGUGGCAGCAGUGGCGCAGGCGAAACUGUUGGAUACGAAGGAUCGGGAUGCUAUCGAGAGGAUAUUGAAGACAUUCCUGUAUUCGAACCUGCUGAAGCCGUCAUCAAGGUAUCACUUUGAACAAGCAAUUAAUUCAUGA